GCGGGGCGGCAGCGCCCGCAGAGCGCCGUGCGCGCCGGGCCCGGGCCGUCCUCUCUGCGCCGGCCAUGGCAGCGCUCCCCGGGGCCGCGGCCCCGCGCCUGCUCCUCAUCCCCAGCGAGGCGGCCGAGCCCGCCGCCGGCCGGCGCCUUUCCGUCGUCCUGCCGGCAGGAGCGGCCCCUAGUCCCCCGGGGGCUCCGCAGCCGGCCCGCAAACGGCAGCGGCUCACCCAUCUGAGCCCGGAGGAGAAGGCGCUGCGCAGGAAGCUGAAGAACCGCGUGGCGGCCCAGAGCGCCCGGGACAGGAAGAAAGCGCGGAUGACGGAGCUGGAGCAGCAGGUGGUGGAGCUGGAGGAGGAGAACCAGAAGCUGCUUCUGGAGAACCAGCUCCUGCGGGAGAAGACGUGCAGCCUUUCCCUGGAGAACCAGGAGCUCCGCUGCCGCCUGGGUUUGGAUGUUCUGAAAACAGAGAAGGAAAGCGAGUCUCAGGUCGUGAUGGAAUCACAAGUGGAUGAGAUCGGGUUGGUGACCGGGUCCGCUGAGUCCGCAGCACUCAGACUACGUGUUUCUGCAGCAGGUGCAGGCCCAGCAGUCACCAUUUCUGACAAAUUCCACAUGGAUUCUGAUGGCAGUGACUCUUCAGAUAUUGAGUCUGAUCUCCUGUUGGGCUUUCUGGACAGUCUGGACCCAGAGAUGUUUCUCAAAUGUGCUGAUUCAGAAUCAGCAUGCCUGGAAAAGCUGGAGGAAGAGAUCUGUGGAGAAACAAAUUCCAUACCGACCUCCCCCUCUCCCUCUUUGGGGUCCCCAUCAGCUAAGCUGGAGGCCAUUAAUGAACUCAUAAGGUUUGAUCAUGUAUACACAAAGCCCUUAAUAUUGGAGAUUCCUGUUAAAAUGGGCAACCAAACCAAUAUGCUAGUGAAAGUUGAGGAAGUAUCUCUCUCUCCAUCUGAAGACAAAGCUAUUGCUGAGAUCCCAGCCUCUGUGAAAGAGGAACCUGUAGACAGCUUCAUGCCAGAACUGGGCAUCUCUCAUCUGCUUCCCUCUCCUUGUAGCCUUGCAGCCUCAAGUUAUCUGUUGGAUGCUGGUAGUGACUCAGGAUAUGAAGGAUCCCUGUCACCUUUCAGUGAUAUGUCCUCUCCACUUGAUACUGACCAUGCCUGGGAGGAUAGCUUUGCAAAUGAACUAUUUCCCCAGCUGAUCAGUGUCUAACUCAGUGUUAACUCUCCCUGGUUAACUAUUCUGGCAGGGUAAUAGGAUAUGCCCCUUGAGGGGUGUGUGUGUGGGAAAUCAAGUGUAUACAGAAAAAUGAUCACUUCUACCUAAGAAUGCUGGUAGGUGGGGUGAUGGCCAAUGUAUUAUGGCCAAUGUAUUUCUACUGGUAUGAAGAAAAAAAAAAACACGUAGGGUGUUGUCCCUGUGUGUGUUGCCCCCCUCCCCCAGCGUUGGCUUAUGAGAGAAGUUGGUUUCUCAGUAACUUGGCAAUUUGGCUGAACCUGAAAAUCAAAAUAUUCAUUUUCUUUAAUGCUGAAAGCUUUAAUGGUCUAUUCAGGUAUAGACAGCUGGGUUAAAACUACAUAGUCUGUACAUCUUACGGAUUUACUGUGUAAAUGCUUGUUUUCCAUUUGCUAUGUAGAGUUGCUUUCUCCAUUUUAAUAUUUAACUGUAUUGGUGCAAUUAAAGUGCAAUGCAGCUCA